ACAUACCUUCCCUCCGCCCGAACCGGAGAAGAAAAGGAGUCCUCAGUCCUCUCUGUCGUCCCUCUCCCAUUCUUGUUCUCUUCUCCUCAGAGGGGUCGCCUGAGAUAUCGUUUCAUUUUUGGGCGUUUUAUCCAUAGAUCACAUAAAAAAUGGUGAAGGCCGUAGCCGUACUUGGUGGCAGUGAGGGUGUCAAGGGCACUGUUUACUUCACCCAAGAAGGAGAUGGUCCAACCACAGUGACUGGAAGCCUCUCUGGCCUCCAACCUGGGCUUCAUGGCUUUCAUGUUCAUGCCCUUGGCGACACUACAAAUGGCUGCAUGUCCACUGGACCACAUUUCAAUCCUGCUGGAAAAGAACAUGGGGCACCUGAAGAUGAGAUCCGCCAUGCUGGUGAUCUGGGAAAUGUGAUUGCUGGCGAUGAUGGUACUGUUAGUUUUACCAUUACUGACAGCCAGAUUCCGCUCUCCGGGCCAAAUUCAAUUAUUGGAAGGGCUGUAGUGGUCCAUGGUGAUCCUGAUGAUCUUGGAAAGGGUGGACACGAGCUUAGCAAGAGUACUGGAAAUGCUGGUGGAAGAGUUGCUUGUGGCAUUAUUGGACUGCAGGCGUAAAUGUCUGGUUCUGGAUUUCCAUAGUCGGUUUGAGUUGGAACAGUCUUACCAUGUACUUGAAGCACUAGCUGAGUCUUUCUCACAUGCUGAGAACAUAUACUUAUGUUGAAUAAGAAACCUUAUCUGAGUGUUUUAGUAUCUUUAAGCAGUUGCUACCAUGGACCUUUUUCAAGUAUUUUAUUCUUGAUUGUUCCUCUCUUACC